CCGUUCACGAUCGUCGUCGUCAUCAUCACCAUCCUCAUACAAAUGCUUCUUUGCUUCCUUCACACCCCAUUCCUCUCCCUCUUUCUUUCUCUCUCUAUCUCUAGCCGCAGUAGAUAACUGACCAACCAAGCAAAGAAGAAAGUGUAGGACAUGGAGCCCGAAAAAAAUAAUGGGGGGACGGCGUCUUUCUUUACCGUUAUAGGCCAUGAAUGCUUUGUUUUGCUUCCGCACCAAACUUCCCUCCUGUUCUCUACCCAACCCAACUCCCAACUCGUUUUAAAAAUCCGCUCUUGAUCAGUUCCCGCAAACACCCAGAACCCAGAAAUGCUCCUCAAGACGACCCUCCCGUUUCAGGAGCAAGGCCAUGAGAGGAUGCCGGUUCUCCCGCACCACAGGGGCUUGAAGCACUUGAAGUUCGUGGCCCAGUCCCUGGGGCUCUUGGGCUUCUCUUUCUUGACGGUUUGUUUCGUCUUCUUGUUUGGCUACUAUUAUGGGGAUCGUGGCAAUGAUGGGGCUGUGGCGGGAGGGCUCUUUAGGUACCCUGCCCGGAUGGAGAGCCUGGUGUGGCUGAACUUGAAGUUGAACGGCUCUCAUGACGUCGAGAGGGUCGAUUUCCUUUGGGAGGAGGGUGACGGGUGUGAUGUGUUUGAGGGUGAUUGGGUCUGGGAUGAUAGCUAUCCACUGUAUCGGUCGAGAGAUUGCAGGCUUUUGGAUCAGGGGUUCAGGUGCUCUGAGAAUGGUCGUCCUGAUGAUUUCUAUACCAAGUGGAGAUGGCAACCCAGAGGGUGUAACUUGCCCAGAUUUGAUGCAAGACUGAUGCUUGAGAAACUGCGUAACAAGCGGCUUGUCUUUGUCGGCGACUCUAUUGGAAGAAACCAGUGGGAGUCUCUCUUAUGCAUGCUCUCUACUGGAGUCUCUGACAAAGCCUCGAUCUACGAAGUCAAUGGCAGGCCGAUUACGAAGCACAAAGGUUACUUGGUGUUUAAGUUCGGAGAGUUCAACUGCACAGUGGAGUACUAUAGAGCUCCAUUUCUGGUACUGCAAAGCCGUCCACCUGUUGGAUCUCCUGGAGAGAUUAAAACAACUCUGAAAUUGGAUCAGAUGGACUGGACAUCUAGGAAGUGGAAGGAUGCCGAUGUCUUGAUCUUCAACACCGGGCACUGGUGGAAUUACGAGAAGACCAUCAGAGGCGGUUGUUAUUUCCAAGAAGGAGCUGAGGUGAAGGUCGAAAUGAGAGCAGAACAUGCAUAUCAGAGAGCAAUAGAGACUGUCAUGCACUGGAUAAGAAAUGAAGUGAAUUCAAGCAAAACUCGGAUCUUCUUUCGGACAUUUUCUCCAGUGCAUUUCAGAGGAGGUGAUUGGAGGACCGGGAGCUGUCACUUGGAGACAUUGCCUGAGCUGGGCUCCUCACUCGUGCCAUCGGAAAACUGGCUGCAAUACAAGAUCAUCACCGAUACGUUGGCAGUUCACUCAAACACAUCAGAGCCCAUCGAAGUGAACAUACUGAACAUAACACACAUGUCUUCGCGAAGGAAGGACGGGCACUCCUCCUUGUACUACCUCAGCCCUCACAUGGGCCCCGCGUCUAUUCGCCGGCAGGAUUGCAGCCAUUGGUGCCUGCCCGGAGUGCCAGACUCAUGGAACGAGCUCCUGUUUGCACUAUACUUAAAGCAUGAAAGUUCUCAAUUAUCAAAGUCACCGGUACAUGUGGCACCAAAAUGAUGCAAGAAAGCUCGAGUUGUGAGUUCACAAGUAAAUCAACCUCACAUAAGUAUAUGAAAGUAAGGCGCUGAAGAUGGACUGCGAUGACUGCUUCAAGAAUCAAAAACAACAAAAGUGAUGAUCAGGCUCAUGAGGAAGGUUUAAGAGCAUGUGUUCAAGUCUGUUGAGUUUACUCAGAUGGAGGACAUUUUUGUUAGAAUCCUAGGAUUAGUGAUGGCGGGGAACCUGGAAUUUAAUUGUACAGGGUACACAAAGCGAAAAACCAGCUCGCUUUCAGAGGGGGCUGCUCUGGGAAGUCCUUGCGAAAAUUGGUUACAGGCUCUAGGGUGUUGUAGCAAUCACAGACACGAAAUAAGCGAUGUUUGUUUCACAAAUUGUGACUAGGAACUUUUUGUCAGUCCUCUCUACCUUAUAUUCAAAUAAGGACCGCUUAAUUUCCAAUGCAUCAAUAAGUAUACAGUUGAUCCGGUGUGCGGAUCAGAUGCGAGAUUAGU